AUGCCUGCCCUUCCAUCUACCCCUACUCACUUGGCCACGACCUGCCGGACGUGGAACCGUCUGCAGGACAUUAAGGCCAAGAAGGACCUCCAGCUGGAUGGAAACAGUCUCGACAUUGCGUCGGUGGUUGCCGUUGCCUACCAUGACUGCAUUCCCGAACUCUCGUCAGACCCCAAUGUCAUCGACAGCAUCACCUCCAGCGUUGAUGUCCUGAUGGACCACCUGGACCACGGAUACUGCGUCUACGGUGUCAACACCGGAUUUGGCGGAAGUGCCGACUCUCGUACGGACCGUGCCACCUCCCUCCAGGCUGCUCUUCUGCAGCUCACUCAGGCUGGCGUUUUGGUCGCUGCCGACAAGAACCAGCCCACAGAUACGGCUUCACCCGGAGCCCACUCCAUGCCCUCUCCCUGGGUGCGCGCGUCCAUCGCCGUCCGUGCCAACAGCAAUGCCCGUGGCCACUCCGCCGUCACCAUCAAGGUGCUCGAGGGUCUCCUGCUGCUGCUCAAGCACCGCAUCACUCCCAUCAUCCCCCUCCGUGGCUCCGUCUCCGCCUCCGGAGAUCUCAUGCCCCUGUCCUACAUUGCCGGCGCCGUCGAGGGCAGCCCCGACAUCUUCGUCCAGGUCGCCGACCCCAAGGCUCCCUCCAACCCCCGCAUCAUGACCGCUCGCGACGCUCUGCGUGAGGCCGGUAUCGAGGCCCGCACCAUGGGUCCCAAGGAGGGUCUCGGUCUUGUCAACGGUACCGCUGUCUCCGCCGGUGUUGCCAGCUUGGCUCUGCACGAGUCGCACCAGCUCGCCGUCCUCGUCCAGGCGCUCUCCGCCAUGGGUGUCGAGGCCAUGACCGGCACCGCCGAGAGUUUCCACCCCUUCAUCCAGGCCACCCGUCCCCACGACGGCCAGGUCGAGUGUGCCCGCAACGUUCUCUCCCUUCUCCAGGGCUCGCAGCUCGCCGUUGGUGUCCAGCGUGAGAAGGACCGCAAGCGCUCCGGCCUCAUCCAGGACCGCUAUGCCUGGCGCAGUGUCCCCCAGUGGGUCGGUCCCCAACUCGAGGACCUUAUGCUCGCCGACCGCCAGGUCUCCGUCGAGCUAAAUUCGUCCUGCGAUAACCCUCUCGUCGACACCGUCAACAGCGAGAUCUACUGCGGUGCCAACUUCCAGGCCGCGGCCGUCACCUCCGCCAUGGAGAAGACCCGUCUCUGCUUGCAGAUGAUCGGUAAGCUCAUCUUCGCUCAGGCCACCGAGCUGGUUGACCCCAACUACAACAACGGUCUGCCCACCAACCUCGUCGCCGACGACCCGUCGCUCUCCUUCACCAUGAAGGGUGUCGACAUCUCCAUGGCCGCCUACAUGGCCGAGCUGGCGUACGUCGCUCACCCCGUCAGCGCGCACGUCCAGACCGCCGAGAUGCGCAACCAGGCUGUCAACUCCCUGGCUCUCGUCUCCGGCCGCUACACCAUGCAGGCCGUCGAGCUCGUUUCCUUGAUGAGCUCCGCCUACCUCUACAUCGCCUGCCAGGCUCUCGACCUGCGCGCCAUGCACAUCCGCUUCCUCGAGCGCGUCACGCCCCGUCUGGAGCACCUCACCAACAGCACCGUUGGCGCCUCUCUCCCCACGACGGAACAAACCUCUCUCUGCGCCUCCGUCCUCACCACCAUCACCAAGACGUGGCCCACGACCACCCGUAUCCCCAUCGCCGACCGCUGCUCCACCACUGCGCAAACGGCCAUCCCCGUCAUCGUCAACGCCGCCGCCUCGUCCUCGGCCCUCCGCCUCUCCGACCUCAGCGAAUGGCAACGUCAAGCCACCGCCAUUAUCCAGGAGACCUACGACGAGACCUCCGCGGCCUUCAUCGCGAACCCCCACACGACCGAGCUGCUCGGCCACGGCGCCAAGGUCCUCUACCAGACCGUGCGUUACGACCUCGGCGUCCCCUUCCACCAGGGCUUCAUUGAACACCCUACGCCCGAGAGCACGGAGCUGGACGGCCGUGACAAGAAGACCGUUGGUUCGUGGAUCUCGAAGAUCUACGAGAGCCUCCGUCGUGGUGAACUCCAGGGUGGAUUGAUGAAGGUGUUGCAGGAGGUUGCUUAG